CCCACUAGAUAACACUAGUCUGAUUCGGUGCACCCGGAUAUUGGAAAUUUCCGAGCAGGCAGUGAACACAUCAACAUUAUACCCACCGGUGCAGAUUCAUCAGGAAGUCGUCUCGUCAUUUUAUUAGAAUUAAGAGGAAUUAAAAGCAACAAUGAAUGUCGAUCAUGAAGUAGGUUUGUUGAAGGAGGAGAUUAAGCGACUCGGGAGUGAAAAUGCUGAUGGUAAAUACACCGUGACAUUUGGGGUCUUAUUUAACGAUGAUAGGUGUGCCAACAUCUUCGAGGCGUUGGUGGGCACCCUGAGGGCCGCCAAGAAGAGGAAGAUUGUCACCUACGAGGGCGAGUUGCUUCUACAGGGCGUCCACGAUAACGUUGGAAUCGUCCUGCUCGUGGAUGAGUAAAAAAGUUUGAACCAGAUGACCUUCUAGCAACUCGCCGAAUCCUCUCAAACACUGAGCUUCUGCAGCGUACCGGCUUUGUAACUGAGCUUCUGUUUUUCAGUUCUUCAUGUGCAAGGUUCGGUAUUUGAAAUUCAAACAUACAUACAUACAUACAUACAUACAGUACACUUACGGACCCGGCUGGCAUGUCUGCAUAUGAUUUCAUUUGAUUUCACUUUGCCGAACAGUAUCACAAAAAGUUAUUUUGGGUUUUUCAGGGACUGAUUCAUAGUUUCAGAUGACAAGGAAAAAAUGGUGUUUCUCUCUUUCUCAGGCGCUGCAAUGUCAUUUUGAUACACUUUUAAGACUAUAAACGCACAAAUCAGGAAUGUAAUAGUUUGUGUAACGCAUCCAUUUGGGUAUUUUUUGUUAAUUUUUGGAGAAAUUACAGUAUUUUACAGUAUCUUGAUUGUGUCAGGAUAAGAGACACAAAACUUUGACAAACUUCUUCACAUUUUUAAUUGGAGCACUCUGAUCUUGACAAAUAGUUUGUAAUGGAUACUUGUUUUUAAAGCUGCACUAAAUCCUCCCUUUAUCAACCUCAAGUGGCAAUGGGAGUUGAGACCUCAUUACCUAGAUAUCAUGUAAUGUGUUUUCACAUUGAAUCUAGUGCAGCUUUAAGAUGACGGGUAGAUUGUGUCACCAAAUGGCAUCCAUUUAUUGUUUACAUGAGCCGUUUCUCUACUACCUCUUGUGGACUUUGUAAAAAGACCUCAUUAGACCAGUGCUUUUGGAAAUGUAAGAACAAUUCCUUCAUAGAAACUACGAAGAUAAGUGCAUUUCAAGAAAGACUUUUGCACCUUUUUGUACUCGUCGCAAUCUGCUACAGUAGUUUUUAUUCCAUCUUUUUACACGUGGUCAAUUUUGUCUGCUAAACAAACUCCAAAACUUGCCUUUCGUAAGAAAACAGUUGAUGAGCAAAAUGGCGAAUGUAUUUCUCGUGCAAUUUUUAUUAGUGUAUAAUAAUUACAGGAUGAUUGGUGCCAAGUGGAAAAGAUGAAUUUGUGAUGUUUCUCAGGACCAAAUCGACACAACCAAAAUAUGUUUAAUAAUUGUCCUGUAGUUUAAAUUAGGUGUCUUACUUGUGACACAAGACGUGCAUUUAUAGUUUUAUUAGUUUAUUUUUUUUUUUAUUUUACCACUCUUUGUUCUGUACUGUACGUCAAAUGAUACGUGCAGAUCAGGCGUGAUCAUUUCGCUUGGUUUCAGCAAGCAGUCCGGGCUCUGUAUGGAGGCCCAAAGUUGUCAAAAUUGAAGUAAUAAAUAAGCAUUAUGGAAUGAAUAAUAGCAUGAAUAAAUACAGACAACAUAUGUAAUAAAACAUGAAAUAAUAUAAUAGAUAUGUUUUUUAAAACUCAGAUCAAUGUUAUGAAAUACCUCAUCCUGAUUUUUUUCACAAUAACAUUUCAGGUAAUUUUUAUUUAAUUCCAGAUGUUUUUAUUUCAAAAUGUCCUUUUCAUAAAGUCUAUUUUUAAAAAAAAAAUGUUUUCCAAUUAACCAAUUUAUUUAAAAAUCCCAUUGAUCAUCACAAAGAAUUUGGUAUGGCGGAUACACCUACGUGAUUGGCUGUUCACUCCUUCAGACCAAAGCAACAGACAAUCACAUACCUCGCUCCAUCUGUUUGUCGAUUCACAAAAACUUUGCGAUGAAACGUGGCUUUGAUAUUUGGGUCAAUGUUGGGAAAAGACUAUUUUGAAAUAAAAAAUGUAAAUAAAAUUUAAAAGAAUCAAGAAUCGGAAUCAAUUAACAUUUCAUAAACUGAGUUUUAAAAAAUGUUUUGGAUUUUUAACAAUUUAAUGGUUCAAAAUGUCAUAUUUUGUCAAUAUUUAUUUCAUAAUAUAUUGUUUAUUUGUUUAAUUUUGACCACUUUUGGGCCUCCAUAGAUUUUAGUAAGUGGCUGCAGCUAUUCGAAUGUGAGAAGAAAGAUUUGUCUAGGACCAACAAUCUCCAAAUAUUUAGCCUGAAUGUAACAUCUACUGUUGUGCUCACCUGGAUAAUAUCAUAUUACAACGACGAGCUAUCAGCCGUGUGAGACCACGCCUCAUCUGCAAGUUUUAUAAGACACAUUCACUGCUGUUGUAUAAACCUGGCUAAAUCGUUAUGCUCAGGUGUUGGCUGUUUCAGUUUGACUUGAAUUAUGUGCUUUUUUUCUGAACCCAAUAGGAAGUUGUUCUCUAAACAGCGUUGUUGGUAUAAAUGGAUCCAAAAUUUAUCGAAAUGAGGAAAACUGAAUGAGCUUAAUCGUAUGCUAAUUAUGAAUGAAGCUGAAAUGUAGCCUAGAAAACAAAGUAAUCAUCAGAAUACAAUACAAUAGGCUAAGUAAGUCUGAAAUGUUAUGGAGUGAGGAAGAAACAUGCUGCUUGCAUCACUGUCAUUUUGGAUUAUCCUGCUGUGUGUUGCACUGGACUGAGCUGAACACAAAUGCAAAUUACAGCACAAGUUAACACUUAGCAAGAGGAGAAAGUUAUGAUCAGAGCAGUGCCAAUACCUCAAGCCAUUUUCUGUGAGCUCGUGGGAUGCCUGCAUGAUGUGUUCAUGUGCGUCAUUACUGUCUUUUUGUAUUGGCAAUAACACGUUCCUAAACGAACUAAGGUUUCUGUUUCUGUGGAAUACGCUCCGACGAAUAAAAUCUUUACACUUGAAGCCUUGAA